AUGGAUUCGAGUGCUCAACCAGACAGAUUAUCCAGUCUACCGGAUGUGGUUCUGAUCAUGAUAAUCUCGUGCUUGCCUUUCAAGGAUUGUGUUAAGACAAGUACUCUCUCCAAGCGGUGGAAGUCUCUCUAUCGUGAGACAAGGGCUGUUGCUUUUAAGGAGUCUGACUUUGUGAGUCCUUCUCUCUACGGAGAUUCCAGAUUGUAUGCUAGGAUUGCCUUCCUUAGAUAUGCGUAUAAAUGGAUCGCUUCAAGCAACGAUCAACCCAUCCAUAGUUUUGAGAUUAGUAUGUCAAGUCCGGAGGUGUACUUGGAAAAGAUCAACUCCCUGGUCACGUUCGCUGUCCGAAAAAAGGUCAAGAAACUAGUUCUUGACUUCUCUCACCCGACUUGGAGAAGCUUUCGUGACGUGAAAGAUCUUCCUCGCAUGUUAGGUUUUGAAGUCCCGGAGAGCGUUUAUGGUCUAAACACUCUUGAGUCACUGAAACUUUGGGCAUGCAAAAAGUUUGAACCAUGGAGAUUCGUAAACCAAGGAAUAUUCAAAAACCUCUCUCUCGGCUACAUGAGGUUGCCAAAUCUCGAAUCAUUUCUACGAGCCGCUUCUAAGCUUGAGAGUUUUAGUAUCAAUCGCUGUUGGGAUGUCAUGAAGAUAGCCGGGAAUAUGAGAGAGCUUGUCAUUGAAGAUUGUAGUUUAUUUUCUGUUCAAUGUUCGUUUUACAUGCCUAGAGUUGAAAUCUUCAAGUACUCAGGAGAUGCUUUUUACCUUCAAUUCCUGAACAUUGAUCGGAACAACGUAAAGGAAGUUCACUUGGAUUUCGGGGUGUAUGAUGAAUAUAAUCAAUUGAUGGGCACAACCUUCCCACCAGGAUUAAUAUGUCAGCUCCUUAAUGUUCUCCCACCUACGAGGACCUUAGUUGUCUGCCAAUAUCUACUGCAGGUGUUUCAAAGCUUUGAAUGCCCGUUUGUGUUUCCUCCGGUCAAAACACAACAUUUAAUCCUGAAGACGAGGUUGUAUCCGAAAGAGUUCAAUGGGAUUAGGUUCCUUCUCAAUAAUUGUCCGGAUUUGGAAACACUUACUUUCGAUAUGCUUCCUCCAAGCUCCAUUGUGAUCGAUUUGUUAGAUCCUGACUUCGAUCCACAAACGUACUGGGUACAAAACAUAACGGAUAAUAAUUGGAGAAAGACGCUUAAAGCCGUCGUGGUUAGGAACUUUAUUGGUGGCCCGAACGAAUUGAACAUGGUGAAAUAUUUUAUUCUGUCCCAGUGUGAGGGUGAGAUUGUGCUGGAAAAUGUUGAACUAUAUGUGUCGUAUGGAUUGGAAGAAAGUCAGAAGACAGUUGCAUAUGCAGGAGUUGAAAUGUUGCAGCGAAUUUCGAAGCAUGUUCAGGUUCUAGUGCACAAUUCUUGA